AGGAGGAGCAGGACCCGGCAAGGUCAGAUUGCGAGGUGGCAGCCACAUAAAGGGGGGGUGUGGAGGGAGCCCCAGCAGCUGCCCCACCAUGACCUCCUGGGCCCUCCUGCUCCUUGCCUCGGCGCUCCUGGCCACCCCGGGUCUGACCUUUUCUGGUUUGAACCCUGAAGGCAAUGACUUGAUGACAGCUGACUUGUCUCAGGAAGAGCAGUUCUUAGAGAACUUGGUCCUGGAGGCCCUCCAGGAUGACCAACCGGCUUUGAAAUGUAAGGCCUGUGAGAAGAUAUUCAAGCUUCUGAGAAAAACGUUGGGACAUGAUAUCACGCAGAAAGCCAUCCAACAUGGUCUAUACCUGGUGUGCCGGAAGAUAUUUAUGCCUAAGGCUAUUUGCAAGGAAAUAAUCACUAAGUUAAAUAGUAAAAUCACCCAGGUCAUCGAGAAUGGGAAAAGCCCCCUGGAAAUCUGUGUGAAACUCAGGAUGUGUCACCCUACAAUAGGUCUCUGAGCCCCUGGGGCAUCUGACCCCACCCUGGGAGAAGCACAGAUUCUCCACGAACC